AAGACGACUUCUCCUUGGACGAACACAGCUGGAGCCGCAUAGCACCAUUCUGGUCAUGGCUUGAAUUGAUUACUUGAAGUCAUCUCCUGACCACACGCUAAAAUUUCAACGAUAAGCGACCGCGAGAUUUGCCAAGCAACCAAUAGUUCAGUGGCAUGGACCCAUUUCGCUGCCAUUAUGACCACAGAAGAAGAUACACGGCAUCAGGAUGCUGGCCAGAUACAUAUACCACGCCGCUGGCCUACUUAAUCGGAUCAUGACAUUCGUGCUAUCACUAUCUAUACAUUGGUCUCGAACACAUUUCGGAAAACAUUGCACAGUGGCCUCAAUCCAAAAGGCAGUGAUCAGGCUUCAGCUUCAGCAUGCGUUCCGCAUUUCUUGCAUCGGCCAUCAUCGGUCUGGUCGCGGCCCUUCCGUCACCUCAAGACAUUGAUUUCGAUCUAGCAUAUGCCUUGCCGAAUCCUACCUACACGGAAGCCGUAGGAGUUACGGCCCAGACGGUCGCAUACAAUCCGAGCACGGUAUAUGCGGCAGCUGCAGCACAAGUUACUCAAAGCGUCACCGAAUCCGCUGCUGCUGUCGCUGCCACGGAUGUUACUCCUGUUGAGAAACGAGCAGCUGCUUGUGCUUUACAACCUGUAGGUUAUGGUCCAGUGCCGAGCCCGGAUACUGUGUCCGCAUUCCUUGCCUUGCCAGCAUUCUCCGAAGCUGCCGUUGCGGCUUCUGUUCCAGGCGGAUAUGUCCAGCAAUUUUCUAAUCUUCAAGCUUCCAACAACGCGUACGGAUACCUUGGUUACACUACCCUGAAAUCAUAUGACGUGAACCUUUGCGCGGCCAAGUGUAACGCCAUCAAUGGAUGUAUCUCGAUAAACAUUCUUUACGAACGCGCGCCAUCCCUUGAGCCCGGUUCAGGCGACUCGGGCUGUGCUAAUCCAGCGAGCACGACCCUGAUCAAGUGUGUCUUCUGGGGAGGGCCGGUUUCAACCGGAAAUGCUGUAAAUCGUGGGCAAUGGCGCAACAAGUUCCAGGUCGUCAUCGCCGGCUCGAAUGGCUACACCAAUGCUUCGGUCGCCUCAGUACCUGGCUACAGCCCAGCAACACCUCUUGGCAACGCUGCCAUCAAUGCUCCAUACGACAAGUUCGGCUACAGCUCUUACCUAGGCGUGGCCAUGUUCGUUGGUUCAUUUGACGCUGCACUAUGCGCCAAAGCCUGCUCAGAGAAGAGUGCUUAUGCUAUCGCUCAUCCACCCACGGACGGCACCCCGGUUCAGACUUGCCAAUUUUUUAACACCUACAUCUUGUACAUUAACACUACAAGCAACGUCCAAGGCCAAUACUGUGCUAUGUAUGCACAGUCCUGGGGCUCACAAUACGCCACCAAUGUUGGACAAUACCGCGGCAAUGACCACUUCAAGAUUCAAUACAGCUUCUCGUAUAGCAACAGCACCAACCCUGGUACGCCGAACCCUCUAGCUGCCGUCUAUCAAGCUCGUAACGACAUUCAGUGGCCUAGCAACUCGGCUCAACCUUACUGUUCGUCCAUUCUCGGCUAUACUACUCCCGUGGUCACCACCACUAUUGUUGCCACCUCAACUCCUCUCACCACGACCACGACCACGGCGAUUCAGACCGACCUGACCACCACCACCGUUAUCAAGCCUACAACAACGACUGUUACGUCAACCAGAGUCACCGCUGCCAAGCGUGACAUUGGUGCGAUGCCGACUGAAUGGACGACCAUUGGCGGCGUCCGAGCCAAGGUCCUACCGACCGUUUUAGGACCGUCUACUACUGAGGCGGUCAAGAGACGUGACAUUGCGCUUCCACAAGUCUUGAGCAAGUAUCCCGCAAGUAUCAUCAGCUCGGCCUGUGUUUUAGCCGCCACCCCUGUGACCGUCACCAGCACAGCUACUAGCCUCGUCACCUCGACUGUAGCUACGGUCUACUCCACUGAGAUUCAGUACACCACGACAACCACCACCGCCAGUGUUACGACGGAGCCAAUCGUCAUAGAAACCGCUAUCGCGACCUGUACAGCAUCUAGCUACAGAUUCAAAAUGGUUGGCGGCCACCACGAUGGCGAAUAUGUCUUGGGAAGCGAGCCUUACGGGUAUAACGAAUAUGACUACGGGUACUUAUUUUCCAGCACUUCGCAAGAGGCUGCCCCGAUCUACAGUCUUCGUGCCGAUUGCCGUGUCUUCAGUCUUUCUCGGCCGUAUGGCUGGACUGUAUACAAUGGUGCCUGGUUGAGUAACAUUCUUACUAUGACCGACUCCGUUGCCGACUACUAUAGAUGGAACUUCCUCCGCUGCUCAAUCGACACCAGCACGACAGUCGCACCGGGAGCGGUAGGCAUCCUGUCGUGUAGACAGAGCGAUGGAAACCCAUCCAGCUUUGUGACUUGUGCAAGCGCGGGCUACAGUGUAUACGCGUCGGCGGACCUCUCACCUUUGGAUUACUAUCAAUAUGGCUGCUUGGAGGUAAAACUGGCUGCUAUCCCGGCCAACGCGUGAGCAUGGUUCGGUCACACAAUUAUUGCUGGUACAUGCCAAGGUGGAAGUGCGGGAAUUAUCUGCGAUGGAAUUCUAGGUCGCGAAAUGAAAAUCUUCCUCUCG